GCUAGCCUUGCGGCAGCGACGUGACUUACGGCCGCCCCUCGUGAGCGCGUCCUUAGGCUCGAAUGUGAAGGCGGGAGUGCGAGCGGGGCGGGAUGACCCAGUCGGUGGUCGUCCAGGUCGGGCAGUGCGGGAACCAGAUCGGCUGCUGCUUCUGGGACCUGGCGCUGAGGGAGCACGCCGCGGUCAACCAGAAAGGAAUUUAUGACGAUGCGCUGAGCAGCUUUUUCAGGAACGUGGAUACCAGAGUGGUUGGUGAUGGCGGCAGUAUUUCCAGAGGAAGAAUAUCUUCUUUAAAAGCACGAGCCGUUUUGAUUGACAUGGAAGAAGGAGUAGUGAAUGAAAUUCUCCAAGGACCCCUGAGAGAUGUGUUUGAUAGCAAGCAGCUCAUCAUGGAUAUUUCUGGCUCGGGAAAUAAUUGGGCUGUGGGUCACAGAGUGUUUGGAAGUCUUUACCGGGAACAGAUUUUGGAGAAACUCCGGAAGUCAGCAGAGCACUGUGACUGCCUGCAGUGCUUCUUCAUCAUACACUCCAUGGGGGGAGGAACGGGGUCUGGACUUGGCACCUUUCUGUUAAAGGUGCUUGAAGAUGAGUUCCCAGAAGUGUACAGAUUCGUGACAGCCGUUUUCCCUUCCAGCGAGGAUGAUGUCAUCACCUCACCUUACAACAGCAUGCUGGCCAUGAAGGAGCUGAAUGAGCACGCAGACUGUGUGUUGCCCAUUGACAACCAAUCUUUAUUUGACAUCAUUAGCAAAAUUGAUCAUGUGGUAAAUUCUGGAAAGUUGAGUACAGCUGUGAAGCCUAAGAGUCUAGUUACUUCAAAUGUGGGGGCUGUUAAAAAGCGCCACACGAAGCCUUUUGAUGCAAUGAACAACAUUGUGGCCAAUCUGCUCCUCAGCCUGACAAGCUCUGCAAGAUUUGAGGGAUCCCUUAAUAUGGACUUGAAUGAGAUCAGCAUGAACUUGGUUCCUUUCCCUCAACUUCAUUAUCUUGUCUCAAGCCUUACACCUCUGUACACGCUGGCAGAUGUUAACAUUCCCCCUCGAAGAUUGGACCAGAUGUUUUCAGAUGCCUUUAGUAAAGAUCACCAACUCAUUCAAGCAGACCCCAGACAUAGUCUCUACCUCGCCUGUGCCCUCAUCGUUAGAGGAAGCGUACAGAUUUCAGAUCUUCGAAGAAAUAUUGAAAGAUUAAAACCUGCUCUUCAAUUUGUCUCCUGGAAUCAAGAAGGCUGGAAGACUAGCCUGUGUUCAGUACCGCCCGUGGGUCACUCCCAUUCAUUAUUAGCUUUAGCAAACAACACCUGUGUGAAGCCUACUUUCAUGGAACUGAGAGAAAGGUUCAUGAGGCUCUACAAGAAAAAGGCUCACCUGCAUCACUAUCUGCACGUUGAUGGGAUGGAGGAAGGUGCUUUUUCAGAUGCUCUGUCCUCUCUGUCAGCGCUCAUACAGGAGUAUAAUGACCUGGAUGCCACCAAGGGCAUGCCUGUGCAGGAUGUGCCUCGGCUGAGCGUGGCCUUGUGAAAGAAGAAGCUGAAAGUGCAUUGUUACUGUGUUCUGAUUCACACUGGUGUUUGUCCCCUUUCUCUUUCAGCAUUUUCUGUGAUUCAGAAAGCCCAAUUUGUUUUUCACAGUAUCAGGAAGUAUUUUAUCUAAAACAAUGGUUUCUAUUUCAUUAUAAUUUUUUUAUACCAAUGUGUGAGAUCACUUCUAGCAAUUUGUCAAAAUUAAGAGAGAGCCUGGCAUGGUGGUACACACAUGUAAUCCUAGUGUGUCUGACAUGCAGGAGGACUGCGUGUUCAGGGCCAGCCUGGGCUACACAGUGAGAGCCACUGUAAAGAGUGGUUCCCAUUGCUUUGCUUUACUCAUGGCUUCCUUCUACUGACCUUUGCACACUGUGAACACCUCAGGAAAGACUGUACAUAUCUUUUUAUAUUUAUGCUUUAUGUUUUCAUACUCUGUUUAAGUGCUGGAAAAGGAGGUCCUAGGAAUGGAAGAACACAUGUAUGAUGUCUGAGGACUUUGGGGGUAGUUUUUAAUAAAACUGAAAAGACUGCUUUGCUCUUUGAGUAAUAAUA